CUACGUCGGGUCGGUUCUCGAUUUCUUACUCCGAUUCUCCAAUCUCUUCUUCUCCGGGGGGCCACCGAGAUCGUCUUCUCCGAUUGCCCUCCGUUCUCGCCCUCUUUCUCUCUCUCUCUCUCUCUCUCUCCCAAAUCUCCAACUCCAAUGUCACCAACUAUUGCUCUUCUCCUCGCACUCUCCCUCUUCCUUCCCACACAGUCCCUUCUCCAACCCACCGAACAAUCCUUCAUCUCCCUUCUCAUCUCCCAAAACGGCCUGGACUUCGUAAAGGACUUGCUCGUCACCAAAGCAAUCUCUUCACUCACGCCCCUCCAAAUCCCCCAAAUUGAGAAGACCAUCAAAAUCCCGGUCGUGGGUAACGUCCACUUCGUCAUCUCCAAUGUCACAAUUUACCGCGUCGAUGUCUCCUCGUCGAUCGCCAAGCUCGGAAACUCCGGCGUCUCGAUUGUCGCGUCGGGCGCCACCUGUAAUCUGAGCAUGAAUUGGUAUUAUUCGUAUACCACUUGGGUUUUCCUCGUGCCCGUUGAGGUUUCAGAUAGCGGGUCUGCUUCUGUUCAGGUUGAAGGCAUGGAAGUGGGGCUUACGUUAGGCUUGGAAAAUCAAGGAGGAUCCUUGGAGCUGUCUCUCACGGAAUGUGGUUGUUACAUUAAAGAUAUCUCCAUAAAAUUGGAUGGAGGAGGCUCUUGGCUUUACCAAGGGAUGAUUGAUGCUUUCAAAGACCAAAUAAGUUCAGCAGUAGCGAAUGCUAUCUCAAAGAAUCUUAAAGAAGGAGUUUCAAAGCUUGAUUCCUUCUUGAGAGCUCUUCCAAAAGAGAUCAAAGUCGAUGAUACUGCCUCAUUGAACGUCACUUUCGUGAAUGAUCUGUCAUUGAGUAAUUCUUCCAUUGAGUUUGAGAUUAAUGGGUUAUUCACAAGAAACAGCAAAGAUGCAUUUCCCUAUUAUCUUAGUAGGUCACGAACUUCCGUUUCUUGCACUGAUCCGUCUAGCAUGCUCGGAAUUUUGUUAGAUGAGGCUGUUUUUAACUCUGCAUCAACCUUAUACUACAGUGCAAAGUUCAUGCAAUGGAUAGUUGACAAAAUACCAGAUCAGUCUCUUUUGAACACUGCUGGAUGGAGGUUUAUCAUUCCCCAAUUGUACAAGAAAUACCCUAACGAUGAUAUGAAUUUGAACAUUUCUCUACCCUCCCCUCCAGUUGUAAGGAUAUCGACCAAUAAUAUUGAUGCUACUGUUUACUCAGACUUGAUCAUUGAUGUUCUGGAUGCUGAUGAUGUAAUUCCAGUUGCUUGUAUUUCAUUGGUAAUCCGUGGUUCUGGUGCAGUUAAAAUUAUAAAGAAUAACCUUGCUGGCAGUGUGAAAUUGAAUGACUUCUCUAUGAAGUUGAAAUGGAGUAAAAUUGGUAACCUCCGGAUGUAUCUAAUUCAGCCAGUCAUGUGGACUAUCAUUCAGACUGUUUUCUUGCCAUACGUGAACUCACACCUCGCGAAAGGAUUCCCGCUGCCCAUCAUUGAUGGGUUCACCCUUCGGAAUGCUGAAAUCAUCUUUUCAGACUCUAAGAUCAACAUUUGCAGCGACGUGGCUUUCACAGAUUCGUUGGAUCUUGGUCGGUUUCUAGAUCAUUGAGAAGAAGCAUCUUUUCUUUUGCUUCCAUGGAAUGGAAGCCCUGGAAAUUGGCUGAAGGGUGACUGAGAUCUAACACUCUGUAGCCAUUGAGUUCAUCCACGUAAAGAGUGUUGUGUUGUGUUGUGUAGGGUUCUUUUUUCCACUGAUUUUGUAUAGUCAAUGGUUGUGUUCACUUGCAACCUUCAAAACCACUUAGAUGUGUAAAUUUGGACAAAUUUUACCAUUUUCAUAAUCAUAUAUACAUUUGGGCAAGUUGUAAAUUUA